GUUGGUUAUAAAACUAACGUUAGCUAGCCAUUUGCCAGAUUGAGUUUGCAUUGUGCUAGCAGCUAACAUUAGCAGACAGCAACUUGAACUUUCAGCGUAGUUGCACAAUGUUAGCUACAGAAUGUGCUAUCUUAAAUGACCUAUGUUUAGCUUUUUUCUUUGUAUUACAGUAGUCUUGAAUACUGUUCUCAAACCUCACCUCGGGGACCACCAGACGUGUCACAAUUGUAUUGUAGCCCUGAAGUAACGUUAGCACGCCUGAUUCCCUUAAGUUUAUUAAGGGCAUGAUUAAUUGGCAACUUGAAUCAGGUGUGGUAACACUGGAAAUUCAUGAGCUGCGGGAGAUCCCCGAGGAGCGGUUUGAGAACCACUGCUGCAGUGAAGAAAUGUUCAGGAGUCCACAGAUUCUGGCCUUGACAUGCCCUGUCAGGACCCACAGACCCCUGCAGCUGUCUGGCAGAGACCUCAACGUGCCUGCCCUACCUGAGCAAGCCUGUCAGAGGUGGACUGGACCCAAAACAGGGAGAAGUCUCUGUCAGGGGGAUGGAGGGGAGAAGGCAGUAUCCCUCGCUUCAGCCAUUUCUUCACAACUUGUUAGCAGAGGCACCUCCUGUUGUGGGAGUUGUCUCCUAAACGUUGCACCUCAACACCCCUUACAAAAAGCCACCCCUCCCAACCGCCCUCAAUUGUCUCAGGACUCUAGCUUUGUUUCUUUGAAACGUACACCACGACUGCCGGUGCUUGUAGCAUGUGACCCUUGGAAAACCACGUUAUUGGAACAUUUGGACAAUUCUAAAGUCCCUGAAUGUUUUAGUGACCUCAAGUGCCUUCUACAAAGGAGGCAAACUGACAAUGGUAGCCAAUGUUUAUCUGCUGAGGAGAAGGUGAACGUCACAUUCAGUGUUAAAAGUAAUAGUUACAUCCCUGUUCAAAGUAGCAAGGACAUUUUUCACAGACUGCUUGCUGCCACACCCAAACUGUGGACUGUGGAUCCCCAGAGAAGCCUUUCACUCCAGAGCCGCGGCCUGCACCAGGCUGCUGCCUCCUGCCCAGAGGGUGCCCUGAGGGAGUGCCUUUCACUGGUGAACGAGGCGCGUUGCCGGCAGAGCCUGGGGCCUAACGUGGCUCUUUAUGAGAAGGACGUCCGGGGGAAGAGGGGGUCCAGUGAGGCCCAGGGGAAUUGGGCGUCCGUGCUGGUCUCUCUUUGCUCUGUGGAGGGAGAGCCCGCCUUCCUGUUCACCCUCAGAUCCACAGCACUGAAGGGCAGACACAAGGGUGAUGUCAGUUUUGCAGGGGGCAAGCGUGACCCCUCGGACAAGGACGUUGUGGACACCGCCCUGCGAGAAGCUGGUGAGGAACUUGGCGUCACUGUGGCAACAAGCCAAGUGUGGGGCGUGCUGAAACCACUCAGGGAUAUGUCUGGAAUGAUGAUAGCCCCUGUACUGGCCAACCACGGCCCCCUGGAGGCGUUGUCGUUCAAGCCAAAUCCUGCCGAGGUAGAAGAGAUCUUCACCCUGUCACUCUCCCACGUAUGCAGCCCACAGAAUCGGGGAUACACCAACUUCCGUACCGGUGAGCGAUAUGGAUACACCUUGCCCGUGAUCCGCAACGGGAAGCACCGCGUGUGGGGCCUCACUGCCGUAGCCCUCGAACACACGCUCAAACUCAUCAUGCCACCAUGAUAACCAAUCAUGCCAGCCAUCACUACUGUUUUUUUGUAAAGUAUAGUGUAUUUGUGAUUAUAGAAUAAUAAAUUGAUUAUUUGUUUCAUAUGUGAAAUCAAUCAUUGGGGGUUAUAGAUCAAUUGUGGACUUCUUAUAGUCAAUGUAUCCAUUAUAACCGUACAUGUCAGAAGUGAUAUAUUGAAUAUAUGAGAUAUCAGGUAGGGUCAUGUAAGGAACAAUCACCUUCCACGUCAAAGCCACUGGAUUGUAAUGUCACUCUAUUUUAUAAUACUGACAUAAUAACCUACAGUACUCCCUAGAAAGGUCAAAUCUCGACAGUCCAUUCAUUCACUAACCUUAUGAAAGCAACGCACCAUGUUUCGGUGUGUCAAAUGUUUUCCGAUUCUAUCCUUUUUUAAAUGUUAUUUCCAUAGGAUUCUGGACAAGAUCAAUCAUUAUUUUAUGACUUGCAGACAGAAAUAAAUAUAGUGCAACAAAUGUGCUUUUGAUGUACAA